GGCGACACGCUUCCGGCCACCAUUCCAGAGUGAGCUGCCCUCUGCCUGUGCUGGAAGAUGUCCCAAUCCACCCAGCCCGCCACCGCCGAUGAGGGGGCCACGUUCCAGCACCUAUGGAGUUCUCUGGAGCCGGACAGCACCUACUUCGAUCUUCCCCAGCCGGGCCAGGGGAAUGAGGAAGUGGCAGGUGGUGCAGAGGCUGGCAUGGAUGUCUUCCACCUGCCGGGCAUGACCGCGCCUGUCAUGUCCCAGUUCAAUUUGCUGAGCAGCACCAUGGACCAGAUGAGCAGCCGCGCUGCCUCGGCCAGCCCCUACACCCCGGAGCACGCCGCCAGCGUGCCCACCCACUCGCCCUACGCGCAGCCCAGCUCCACCUUCGACACCAUGUCACCCGCGCCCGUCAUCCCCUCCAACACCGACUACCCUGGCCCCCACCACUUCGAGGUGACCUUCCAGCAGUCGAGCACAGCCAAGUCAGCCACCUGGACGUACUCCCCGCUGCUGAAGAAGCUCUACUGCCAAAUCGCCAAGACGUGCCCCAUCCAGAUCAAGGUGUCUGCCCCGCCGCCCCCAGGCACCGCCAUCCGCGCCAUGCCUGUCUAUAAGAAGGCGGAGCAUGUGACCGAGGUUGUGAAGCGCUGCCCCAACCACGAGCUCGGUCGGGACUUCAAUGAAGGACAGUCCGCUCCUGCCAGCCACCUCAUCCGCGUGGAGGGCAACAACCUCUCGCAGUACGUGGACGACCCAGUCACCGGCCGGCAGAGCGUCAUGGUGCCCUAUGAGCCCCCGCAGGUGGGAACAGAGUUCACCACCAUCCUGUACAACUUCAUGUGCAACAGCAGCUGUGUUGGGGGCAUGAACCGGCGGCCCAUCCUCAUCAUCAUCACCCUGGAGACGCGGGACGGACAGGUGCUGGGCCGCCGGUCUUUCGAGGGCCGCAUCUGUGCCUGUCCUGGCCGAGACCGCAAAGCAGAUGAAGACCACUACCGUGAGCAGCAGGCCCUCAACGAGAGUGCUGCCAAGAGCGGGGCUGCCAGCAAGCGUGCCUUCAAGCAGAGCCCCCCUACUGUUCCUGCCCUGGGCACCAACGUGAAGAAGAGGCGGCAUGGUGACGAUGACGUGUACUACAUGCACGUGCGGGGCCGGGAGAACUUUGAGAUCCUGAUGAAGGUCAAGGAGAGCCUGGAGCUGAUGGAGCUGGUGCCCCAGCAGCUGGUGGACUCCUACCGGCAGCAGCAGCAGCAGCUCCUGCAGAGGCCGAGCCACCUUCAGCCUCCAUCGUAUGGGCCUGUCCUCUCGCCCAUGAGCAAAGCACACGGGGCCGUCAACAAGCUGCCCUCAGUCAACCAGCUGGUGGGCCAGCCUCCCCCGCAUGGCUCAGCGGCUGGGCCCAAUCUGGGACCCAUGGGCCCCGGGAUACUCAACAACCACAGCCACACCCUGCCGGCCAACGGGGAGAUGAAUGGUGGCCCCAGCUCCCAGUCCAUGGUCUCGGGGUCCCACUGUACCCCGCCACCCCCCUACCAUGCUGACCCCAGCCUGGUCAGUUUUCUAACAGGAUUGGGGUGUCCAAACUGCAUCGAGUAUUUCACCUCCCAGGGCUUACAGAACAUUUACCACCUACAGAACCUGACGAUAGAGGACCUGGGGACCCUGAAGAUCCCCGACCAGUACCGCAUGACCAUCUGGAGGGGCCUCCAGGACCUGAAGCAGAGCCACGACUACGGCGCCCAGCAGCUGAUCCGCUCCAGCAGCAACGCGGCCACCAUCGCCAUCGGGGGCUCGGGGGAACUUCAGCGCCAGCGGGUCAUGGAGGCUGUGCACUUCCGCGUGCGCCACACCAUCACCAUCCCCAACCGCGGGGUGCCCGCCGGGGGCGCGGGGCCCGACGAGUGGGCCGACUUCGGCUUCGACCUCCCAGACUGCAAGUCCCGCAAACAGUCAAUUAAAGAGGAGUUCACGGAGAGCGAGGCCAACUGAAUGGGGAGGACACGGCCAGACCCCCUGCCCCCGUGCUGUCGACGCGGAG